UAAACAGCAGCAACGUUUUAUAUUAUUAAACUUAGCAUUAUUUUUUUUUUCUAUUCUCAUAUGUUCUUUAAAUAGUAUAUUUCACAAAAUGAUCUUUAAAGUAUUAUUUAUAUCAUUACAUAUCAUAGCAUUGGAUUGUUUCACCCACAGAAAACAAUUACCCUCAACUUACUCUAAAGAAAAUGAAACAUGGACAGGCAAAUGGUUUCCGGCGAAACCAGAUUUUUUAAAUGAUAAUUUUAGAAGUGCCGAGAAAAAUAUAACCAUAGAAGUCACACCUCAAGUGGAUGAUGUUGUAGAAAUAUCAAGUUCAUUUUGUGAUGAUGGUCAGACAAAUUUAAUAAUGGAUUGGGAUGAUGAUCCAAGUGAUUUCAUAUGCCUGACAACAGAACGUUAUUCACCCAAUUUUGAAAAACCACCAUUACUUGAAUUGUAUAAUGUACCGAAGGCAUAUAAACCUUAUCCUGAAUGCAUGAAUGUAUCAAUAACCUAUGAUGAAGAUAUUCCCACAUUUGGCAAUCAUAGAAUUGUAUGGCCAAAGUAUGGAGAAUAUGAAUACAUUCCUCGGCAGAGAUGGUUGCAUACAGUAGAGCAUGGCGGAAUUGUCAUGCUAUAUCAUCCGUGUGCUGAUGAACAACAGGUAAAUAAACUACAAAGACUUGUACGAAAGUGCCUUUAUCGCCACGUUAUAACUCCAUCAAGAAUGUUAUCACCAGAGAUGCCCUUAGCUCUUAUUUCUUGGGGUAGAAGGUUACAAAUGUCGUUUGUUCAAAAGGAAACUAUUGUUGAUUUCAUAAAAUCAAAUGCUUUAAAAGGCCUUGAGCAUCCAUCUAAGGAUGGAGAGUAUGCAUAUGGUUUAUUGGAGAAAGCUGAGAUCAUAAGUGACUUUAGUGAUAGUACAUUAUGUCCAGGUCUUUGAUUAUUAGUUAUUUUCAAAUAUAAUGCAUAACCUAUUACAGGAUAUUUACA